AUGGCGAGCAACGCGCUGCCUCCACAGCGACCCUCCCCCCUCUUCAGCUACUACGCCUACACCAUCUCGUCCCGGGACCGAGUGCACGCCUCGCUUCUCAACUCCUACGCCUCUUCCUCCUCCUCCGCUUCCUCACGCACACCUUCCUCGUCCACCUCUUCUCUGCCGACUCCAGGCGGAGGCGGACGGUGGAAACCCCGUACCUCUGUCCCAAUCCCACCUCACUCGGCCUCGGCUGCGCGGCGAUCAAGUCUCGCGCGAGCGCAGAGGAGGGCACUGACCGGGAAACGACCCGCGGGCUUCGCUGUCGCGCACGACCUGGCCGACCUCAGCGACGAGGAAGCCGCGCUCGACGAAGAGAAGGCCAGCAUCAAUCAGUUCGGACACCGCUUCCUUAUGCCGUUUGGACGGAGGAUGACGCUCGGCGAGAUGGAGACGGCGCCGUCCCCGACUCCGUCGGACCCGUCACACCGCCAGGAAGAGGCGCAUGCGAUCUCGCCCUCGCCCGUUCCCGAGGAGGAGGAAGGCGCCGAAGUCGACCUCGACGCGGAUCUCGAGGAUAUGGACGCUUCGGAUGAGGGCGACGAGGGCGUGUCGGGUCAAAUUGAAGAGAGCGGCGAGUACGACUCGGACGAUGUGCAGCUCAUGGAGGAUAUGGACAGGAGCAUCGACAGCGCGGGCGGAAGCGAUAUGGAGGAGGAAUAG